AUGUGCGUAAAUAGUAAUGCUUCCCACUUUAUUUAAUAUAUAACUUCCGUAAUUGUUUCCUUGUUCUGGCCUGUCCAUCUCAGCGACAUAUAUAUGUAGAAAUGAGAAGAAAGGGUGUAAUUUUUGUUUUCAUCGUAAUAUGCCUUAUAAGCAUUGCUUUGUGUGAAGAAGAAGAUGAAGAUGAUCCAACAAAUCCUCACAGAGACCCGUCAAAGUGUGAAGUUUGCAAGUAUGUGGUUACUGAAUUAGAGGGAAAUCUACUAGAUACUUCAAAAACACAUGAAGUUUUUAAGAUUGGACAUGAGUUUGAUAAGGAGAAGAAGGAAGUCAAGUACACAAAAUCUUUGGUCAGACUUAUUGAGGUGCUAGAGGGUGUAUGCGAUAGAAUAAUGAACUAUAAUAUACAUGCUGAAAGAGAGUCAAGCCGCAGAUUAGCUAAAGGUACAAGUGAGACGAUGCAGACUCUAAAAGAUCUGCGAAACAAAGGGGUCAAAGUUGAUCUUGGAAUACCAGAUGAUAUGUGGGAUAUACCAUCUGCUCCAGUUUACAAAAUGAAACAAUAUUGUGACACACUCAUAGAGACCUAUGAGCAACUGAUUGAAGAAUGGUACUUUGACGAACCAUCCGAUAGAAAAGAUCUCACCACAUUAUUGUGCAUUGACAACUAUCUACCUAAAGGUGAUGACGAAUGUCUAGAGGAAGUCUGGACUGGCAAGGAGAAAGUUAAUUUUGAGAAUAAUCAAAAAGAAGAGGAUGAAAAGAUAGAGAAAGAGAAAGAGGAGAAAAAUAACAGUAAAAAGGGAAAAAAUAAAAAAAAUAGCAAGAAGGAAAAAAAGAAAGGAGACCAAAGGAAAGAUAAAUCAAAGAAAAGAAAAUCCACAGAAGAAUAUAAAAGCAAUCCAUCAACUGAAAAAAGGAAAACAGAACUCUGAUAAAAAUCAAAGAAAAGGAAAAAAAUAGUUAAACAGUAACUGUAGGACAUAAUCAUAACUCAGUUUUUUUGGGUAUACCAGUAAAUUAUUUUUAAAAAGUAUACAUUUAGCAUUCCAUUUUUUAGAAUGAAAUACCAAGUUUGGGGAUUUUAUUUGUAGUAUUUAUUCAAAUGUGUGUUUUUAUAAUUAUAGUUGAAUAGUUGUUUAAAAAAUGUUUUUACUCCAAGUGGAUUAGUUUGUUAAAAAAUAACUAAAAAUACAAUCUCACCUGCUUACAGCAAAGCAUAACAUAGUAAAAUUAAUGUACAUUCCACACUACAUGUAAUAUAAGCAGUUUUAAAAAAUGAGUUUAAAAUUCAGUUGAUACAAAUGAGUUUAAAAUUCAGUUGAUACUACAUAGCAUACAAUUUAAUUAGAUUAUUAGGUACUGUACAUCCCCCACCCCCAUAUAAUUAGAAUGACAAGAUAAUUAAAAUCACAUGUAUUGUCGCAUUAAUAGUCCCUGUAUUCCAGUUAUAUCACUGCUUCUCUUUGAUCAGCCAUACAAG